CUUAAUCCUUUUUUUUCAUUUCUAUAAAAUGAUAUAAUAUUCUCUAGGUUUCACAGAUCCUCUCAUGGAUGCCUUGGAAUUUCAAAGUUGAUUUCGCCAUGGUUCUAAGGUUCACAGAUUUCCCUCAUUUCGUGAUUUGAUUACAAAAUUGAUUUCGCGCCUGGUUUUCAGAGCGAUUUUCACGGCUUUCAAUAUGAAAGAUCUUUUGGUUGACCUUAUGUUGCAUUAUGGGGGUAAAUGGAUUAUAAAAACACUACUAGUAUAUGUCAAGAAGUAUAUUGCUAUUAGGAGAGACACUAGUGCAGAUUUCUUAGACUAUGAUAAGAUAGUCGAAGAGUACACAAAAAACUUAGGAUUUGUGCUUGUGAAACAAAUUCUAGUGAAAGGACCUUCUGGGAAAUUUUACUUGCUUGAGGGAUCUGAAGGAAUUAAGACACUCCAAUGCGUAUCAAAUGAACAAUUUAAGGUGGUUCAUUUAUUUGUUGUGGAUGAUUUUGAAGAAACUGUUUCUGCACCAAAUAUUAUUCACCAUAGUGAAGCAUACAUGGUAGAGUGUGAACAUGGAACUGAUGCUGAAACAGAAAGUGCUUGUAGUGAUGAUAACCAGUCUAGUGAUGAUGAAUAUAACUUCGAUGAGUUAGAGCUUAUUAAGAUGCAAAAAUCUAAAGAAGUAAAUGCUGAUCUCAGUCACUAUAAAGAACUUCACCCCUCCAUGACUCUCAAGGACUUGAAUGAGGCAAAAAAAAUUGUGAAUUUGUACUCUCUUGCAAAUUCCAAGCCUAAAGUAGUGGAAAACAGUGAUAAAACUAGACUAAGGUAUAAAUGCAUGAUUGGUUGUCCUUUUGUUUUGCUUAUAUUGCAAGAUGGUAAAGGUUCACGUUUUAAGAUUAAAAUACUGAAAGCAAAUGACAAUUGUGAGGAUGCAUUUUUAAAUCCUAGAUCUUGCACAAGUACUUUAACACAAUAUUUGAAGAGUAAAUUGUAGAAUAAUCAUCAUUAUAAGCUAAAAGGAUAUGAUAAAAUACUUGAAUGAUCAAUUCAACUUGAAUGCUAGUACCUCUAAGUUGAAAAGAUCCAAGAGGAUGGCUCUUCAAAAAUUACAGGGAAAUUUCUUAGAUGAUUUCAACAGAAUUGAGGCUUAUGCAAAUGAGAUUAGGCAAAGCAAUCCUGGUAGUGAUAUUGUGAUCAAUUUAUCAAAGGAUGCACUGGAACAAGGUAACAGAAAGUUCCUUCGGAUGUACAUCUGCUUUAAUGCUCUAAAAUUGGGAUGGAAAGAAGGCUUGAGACCCCUUAUUAGACUAGAUGGGACAUUCUUGAAAGGUCAAUGUAAGGGACAACUUUUUGUGGCUAUGGCACAAGAUUCUCAAAAUUGCUUCUAUCCAUUGGCAUGGGCUGUUGUUGAUAAGGAUACAACUAGGACAUGGAUAUGGUUUCUACAAUUGCUGAACAAUUCAUUGAAUUUGAAAUAUGGUGAAAAUGUUACUUGUAUGUCUGAAAUGCAGAAGUAAAAUAUGUCCUUCCUUUGUCUCACCACGGGUAUUGUGUUAGGCAUGUUGAGGCCAACUGGAUGAAGAGAUUUAGGUCAGGAGAGAUGAAGAAACUGCUUUGAUGGGCUUCUUGGAGACUUAUGAGGAAAAUUUCAAGGAUCAGUUAAAUGCACUUGGUGCAUUAUAAAAAGGUGCUGCCGAGGAUUUGCUUAAGUAUCCACCACAGACAUAGUACAGGGCAUAUUUGGAUACUGUAUGUAAAUAACAAAUGGUGGACAACAAUUUCACAGAUUCCUUCAAUACUUGGAUCCUAGAAGCAAGAGAUAGAGCAAAGCUGAUGCCCGUAAGAGGUGAACAAUUCAGGAAUGUAUUGCCAGAACAUGCAAUGGAUCCACCUGAACUUGUGAAAACAGUGGGAAGACCAAAGACCAAAACAACUAGGGAAAAAGAUGCAGCAAUUAAAAGAGCUGGAGAGUGGACUCACUCAAGAAAAGGAACUAAAAUGACAUGUAGUAAGUGUGGUGAAACAACUGACAAUGCAAGAAUAUGCAACUUUGUUGAAGGAGAACAAGGGGCAACACUGAAGAGAAAAAAGGGCAUAACUGAGGAAGAAUAUGAAGAAGUUGAAGAAGCCCAUGGAGAAGAUUAUGAUGUUAAUAGCUCGGUCCCUAGACCAACACAAGAUGAGGAAUAUCAUUUCAUGUCCACAGAUGGAGUGUCACAGCAACAGUAUGCACCAUUUGGACCUACUAAAGAGCCUGAAAUUGAUCUACAUAUUAGGCCUCAAGUCAUAUCUGAAAAUCACACAUAAUUGAAAAUGAGGAUGAAUUAACAAAGAGCAACUGGAAAGAGAGUUAUAUCUUUUAAAGGUGAUCAUGCUGGAAUUAGUGAGCCUACAAAUUUGCCUUACUCACCUAGUAAUCUCACUUAGAAAGGAAAAGAAGCUGUCACCGACAAUCAGCUGGAAAGAGAGAGACAGAAGAAGGUGGAAAAGUUGAAGACAAGAAAAACUAAAGGGGAAAUCCAAGAUUUGAAGUGUUCUGAUAGUGUAAAAAGUUCUCUACUUUUGUUUAUUUUUGCUUGAAGUUGGUUAAUGCAAAACAAUGCACGUGUUUUGUUUAUUUUGGGUUGAAGUUGGUAGAUGCAAAACAAUGCAUGCAUUUAUUUAUUUUGGGUUGAAGUUGGUAGAUGCAAAACAAUGAAUGCUUAUGUUUAUUUUAUUUUGAAAUUGGUAGUUGCAAAACAAUGAAUCCUUAUGUUUAUUUGGGUUGAAUUUGGUAGAU